UGUGAGAUAUAUCUGUAGGGUGGAUAGAACGACACACUGGAUAUAACGCCUGUGUUUUUGUCCGCCCGACUCAGAAGCCAAGAGAUAGACUCCACUAGCGGAUGGUGUUAUGUCUGCCCGGGGUAGCACCUCUCGUCGGAACAGGGAGUACCACACACUAAAGACUGAGCUAUUAAGGGCUAACUCCUUGUUUGUGGACCCAGAGUUCCCGCCUAAUAACACAUCCCUAACAUUCAAUGGCCAGACACCCCAAGCUUUCGCCAAAGUUGUGUGGAAACGGCCCACGGACAUUGUGCGAAAUCCAAAACUAUUUGUGAGGGGAGUUAGCAGAUUUGACCUUGACCAAGGAUCAUUGGGAGACUGCUGGUUCAUUGCUGGUGCAGCUGUAGUAGCAACCCACGGUAAACUGAUAGAACGGGUCGUUCCUAGCGAUCAAGAUUUCGACGUCGAUUAUGCAGGCAUAUUCCACUUCAACUUUUGGUGGUAUGGUAAAUGGACGGAGGUGGUUAUCGACGAUUACCUACCCACAGAUGGAUUCCGACUUAUAUACGGGAGGAAUAGGGAGCAGCCAGAUGAGUUCUGGCCAUCACUCCUCGAAAAGGCAUACGCCAAGCUGCGUGGCUGCUACCAAGGGCUUAGUGGCGGGAAACUGGAUGAUGCCAUUAUCGAUUUGACUGGGGGUAUAUCGGAGAGAAUAGAUAUGAAAAAUAAAUCGGAUAUACCCAAUAACCUCUAUAACCUCAUGUGGAAAUGUUAUAAAAUGAAUUCCAUGUUAGGAGCAAGCAUCAAUUUGAAAGGCUCAGACAGUAGACGAGAAGUUGAACUUACAAAUGGACUGUUUAUGGGCCACGCCUACAGUAUAACUGGACUCGCUACAGUGCCAUAUCGAGGGAUGAACAUACAACUGGUCAGACUUAGGAAUCCCUGGGGUCGGGACGAAUGGAAAGGCGAUUGGUCAGACAGGUCUGACCAGAUGAAGAGUAUGUCACAGGAAGUCCGCAAACAACUGAACAUCGUUGUGAGGAAUGAUGGGGAAUUCUGGAUGUCAUACCACGAUCUGCUGCUAAACUUUGACGAGAUACAACUGUGUCAUCUUCAACCUGAUGCUCUGUUGGAGGAGAUAUCGAUUGAUGAGAGACAGCAGGCAUGGCAGAUCAUGGUGUACCAUGAUGCGUGGAUAAAAGGUGUCACUGCGGGGGGCUGUGGAAACAAACCGCAUCAGGAUCUGUACUGGCGGAACCCCCAGUUCUUUGUGACCCUGAAGGAUGUUGAUGACAGUGACAGAAGCGACAAGUGUACACUCAUCGUGUCCCUCGUGGAAAAGGAGCAGGACAACAGGGGCAGGGUUGCUAUGGCCUUCGACAUUUACAGGCUUAAGAAGUCACAGAAAAAACCAUUGGAUGGUGAUUCUGUUUCAAGAAAUGCUCUUCACCAGGGAAAGUCUUCUGGUUCAUACGAAUUUUAUAGAGAGAAAACGAAACGGUUUGACCUUUCACCCGGAACUUACGUGGUCAUCCCUAGUACGUUUUAUCCAAACGUGGAGGCACAGUUCAUGUUACGAUUUUUCUCGGAGAAACCUGCUGAAAGUGGUGUCUUGGAUGAAGAAUCUGGGCCCGGACCAUCCACGGGCCCUCCUCCAGUAGAAGAUCCUACAAAAGCUAUUUUCAGAAGAUGUACUAAAGAAGACGGAAAGAUGUAUGCAAGAGAACUAAAGAAGUUUUUAUCGGAACUCACCAUUCUUGAACACAAGGAACCGAUUAAAUUUAGCACUGAAACGUGUAGAAGUCUAGUAACUCUGAUGGAUAGGAAUCGUUCAGGAGCUCUGGACUACGACGAGGCUAUAAAGGCCUGGAAAGAGAUCCAAGGAUUCAGGGCUGUAUUCAACCAGUCUGACGUUGAUGCAUCUGGCAAUGUUAAUACGUACGAACUUGGGAAAAUGUUUACUAAACUAGGAUUCCCUAUCAGUAGAAUGGUGCUGACAGGGAUCGUACGACGAUAUGGUGGAAGGGACAACACCAUAUCCCUGCCUGACUUCAUUGUUAUCUUGUGCAAAUUAACAGUAAUGUAUAGUAUAUAUCAAGACCAGUCAGAUGGAGCUGAUACAGCCAAGUUCAGCAUGAAUGAGUUUCUGUAUAACUCCAUGUUCUGUUGACGGAUGACGUCAUACACAGUGUGAGCUGUCGGAAGUCUUUACAACAAAGAUCACCAAUAGAUAUCCGUGAUCACACCCCAGUGUUCACGUGUACAUGGCUGGACGAGAAAUUUUAAGAGACUUUAUUGACUGUUACAGAAUGUCGAUGACCAGUUACCAUCAAAAUUGGAAAAGAGACUAAUGGUUAUCAAAUUAAUUAGGAAACGUAUUGUAUUUCUGUCAAAAUAGCGGCUUUUAGUUGUGUGCAUUAGUCUCAUGAGGAGUAUAAAACUUCGGGUUUAACCGUUUAAGUGAAUCUAUAAAAUUAACAUGACAAAUUAUAAGAUAUGAUAUAUUUGUUUUAUAUAAACUUGUGGUUUAACCAGUAGAAUCUAAAAAUUAAUAUGCUAAGUUAUUAGAUGUGAUAUAUUUGUUUUUAUAGCUUUUAGUCUGCUAUUUGUCCUCAGGUACUAACUUACGCAAUAUUUGAUACAGGCUGGGUUUUCUAAUUAUAGAUACCAUUUGUCAUACAGAUGGAAAGCUAAUGAUAUCGUAUAGUGGAUGCUGAAAUGGUAUAACUGUUCUCUAUGUAUCUUAUAUUAAAAUGUAUGAUAAAGAAAAGACGACAUAGAAAUAUAUCUACCCCAUAUACAGUUUAUAUUUCUCAGUUAUUCAGUCAUUGAUCAGAGGUGCAAGUGUCUAACAAUCAGGACGUAAUUUCAUUGGCUAAUUCACUAUGACAUCACGUCAUGUUAGUCUUACUUCAUGAUGACAUCUUCCAUUGGGACGUCAUGACAAAGAAUUUUUCUCGAUCGGAAAUAGAAAUAAUGUUUUUGACAAGAGAAACGUGUUUUUCACGUAUGGGAUAAAAUCACCCCUUUACCUGCGAUGACUGGCCAGUUGCGUUUAUAUAAGGCUAAUUAGGUCCCAUUAUUUUCAUAACUUACCCAGAUAAUUAAUUAUCUUUGACGGCAUCAUAUUUCUGCAGAACAUAUAGUGUUGUCGUUAACCGUGAUCAUUAACAGAUUGUACUGCAAUCAAAAGAACUAUCUGGUCAUAUACCGUGUUUAAGUGUAUUAUAUAUUUUUUUUCUAAAACAUAAAUAGAUGAAUGAUAAAUUGUUAACAUUUGAUUAAAUAACGGAGCUUCUCUCUCCAGUCAGCCAUUUUAGGAAAAUGACGUGCCAUCGACAUCUGAAAUUCCUACAUACAUUGUAAUGGCCAGACUUCAGGGAAAUCAUCCAAUAUUAGUGAAUUUGCAAAGUAACUCACCGAGAUGGUUUUUUUUUGAGUUAAUCAGUGAGAUAUUUUGACUAAUUGAAUCUGUGGGAUAUUUUGUUUGAUUAAACCAGACAUAUUUUGACUAAUUAAAUUAAAUAUUUUAUUUUGCUUGAUUUAAUUGGCUUAACAUUUUAUUUGAUUAAAUUAGUGAGAAAAUUAGUUUGAUUAAAUCGGCGAGAUAUUUUGCUUGAUUAAAUGAGAGAUAUUUGUUUGAUUAAAUCAGCGAGAUAUUUUGUUUGAUUAAAUCAGAGAUUUUUUGUUUGAUUAAAUCGGCGAGAUAUUUUGCUCGAUUAAAUCAUAGAGAUAUUUUGUUUAAUUAAAUCGGGAUAUAUUUUGCUUGAUUAAAUCAGAGAUUUAUUUUGUUUGAUUAAAACAAAGAGAUAUUUGUUUGAUUUUAUCGGUGAGAUAUUUUGUUUGAUUAAAUCGGCGAGAUAUUUUGUUUAAUCUAAUAGGCGAGAUAUUUGUUAAUUAAUCGGCGAGAUAUUUUGUUUUAUUGAAUCAGAGAUAUUUGUUGAUUAAAUCGGCGAGAUAUUUUGUUUGAUUAAAUCAGAAAGAUAUUUGUUUGAUUAAAUCAGUGAGAAAUUUUGUUUAAUCCAAUAGGCGAGAUAUUUGUUAAUUAAUAGGCGAGAUAUUUUGUUUGAUUAAAUCGGCGAGAUAUUUGUUUGAUGAAAUCGGCGAGAUAUUUUGUAUGAUUAAAUCAGAGAGAUAUUUGUUGAUUAAAUAGGAGAGAUAUUUUGUUUAAUUAAAUCGGGAUAUAUUUUGCUUGAUUAAAUCAUAUUUAUUUUUGUUUGAUUAAAUCAGAGAUAUUUGUUUGAUUCCAUGUCUCAAUCAUUGACAUUUUUAACAAUUAUUUACUGUUUUGCAUAAUAAAUAGAAAUGCUUUUUAUCUUAUUAUUCUUUACGUUUCUUUCUUUUUCUCUCUCCAAGAUUGUGACUUUUUUGGGGCAGCUGAGGUGUUAGAUACAUACAUUUAUUUUUAUAAGAGGGAAAUUAUGUGAUGUGUUACGUAUUUCAGAUGCGUAUCAGGAAUGUUUUGCAUAUAGCCGAAGAUAUCCUUUGUAACAAUUUAUGAUUUUAAAAGAAUUGUUUUCAAUAAAGAUUUUUAAAUUUUA